AUGAUUCCCUUGGCCCAGUUUGGGGUGCUGUCGGCCCUGGCCACCGCGCUCACCUCGGUUCUGUCCGCGCUCUUUCUGCUGGCACUGACCCGGCAGCUGUGGGGUCUCCGCUGGAGCCUGACCCGGGACAAAGAGAGCAGCCUACCGCUGCCGAAGGGUUCCAUGGGCUGGCCGCUGGUCGGAGAGACUUUCCACUGGCUUUUUCAGGGUUCCAACUUCCACAUCUCGCGCAGAGAGCGUCAUGGCAACGUGUUUAAGACCCACCUCCUCGGGAAGCCUGUCAUCCGGGUGACCGGAGCUGAAAACAUCCGCAAAAUCCUUCUGGGUGAGCACAGCCUGGUGUGCACCCAAUGGCCCCAGAGCACCCGCAUCAUCCUGGGACCCUGCACCCUGGUCAACUCCAUUGGAGACCUGCACAAGAAGAAGAGAAAGAUCCUGGCUAAAGUGUUUAGCCGGGGGGCUUUGGAGUCCUACCUGCCCCGGCUGCAGGAUGUCGUCAAGUCUGAAAUUGCCAAGUGGUGCUCCAAGCCGGGCGCCAUCGACGUUUACAGCGCUGCCAGGUCUCUGACGUUCCGUAUCGCCAUCAGGGUCCUGCUGGGUCUGCAGCUGGAGGAGGAGCGGAUAGUGUACCUCGCCCAAAUCUUUGAGCAGCUGAUGAACAACCUCUUCUCGCUGCCCAUCGACGCUCCACUCAGUGGGCUACGGAAGGGAAUAAAAGCCAGAGAGAUCUUGCACGCUAACAUGGAGAAAAUCAUCGAGGAGAAGAUGGAGCGAUCGCAGGCGGAGGAGGAAUACCACGAUGCCUUCGACUACAUGCUGUCCAGUGCAAAGGAGCAUGGACAUGAGCUCAACAUGCAGGAGCUCAAGGAAACAGCAGUAGAGCUGAUAUUUGCUGCUCACUCCACCACAGCCAGCGCCUCCACAUCCCUGGUCCUGCAGCUUCUUCGCCAUCAAGCGGUGGUGGAGAGGGCACGGGUCGAGCUGGAGGCCGAGGGCCUUAGUCAUGACUCCCACACCAGUCACAAGCCAUCGAGUGUCACCACGGAGAAGGAGGGGGAUGCUGCUGAUACAGAGAUAACCUGCCUGCUGAACGGAGGCUGUCACAACCACCAGAAUCACAGCAAUGGUUUCCCACCAUCCCAGUCCCACAUACCAACUUUGAGCCUGGACAAGCUGAGCCAGCUGCGCUACAUUGACUGUGUUGUCAAAGAGGUGCUGCGCUUCCUGCCGCCAGUCUCUGGUGGAUACCGGACGGCCCUGCAGACAUUUGAGUUAGACGGCUACCAGAUCCCUAAAGGCUGGAGUGUAAUGUACAGCAUCAGGGACACCCAUGAGACAGCAGCGGUCUUCCAGAGCCCGGAGCUGUUCGACCCGGACCGAUUUGGCCCUGAGCGAGAGGAGAGUCGGUCGUCCAGGUUCAGCUACGUGCCAUUUGGUGGUGGCGUGCGGAGCUGCGUAGGGAAAGAACUGGCACAGAUCAUCCUAAAGACUCUGGCUGUGGAGCUGAUUGGGACUUGCAAAUGGACUCUGGCCACGGAGAACUUUCCCAAGAUGCAGACAGUGCCAAUAGUGCACCCAGUAAAUGGGCUGCAUGUGCAUUUCUCUUACAACUACCCCCUUUAGAUACAACCACAGACUCACAGACUCCCCCCACUCACCCCUUAAAAAGAAAAAACUCACUCAAGAGGAAAAUUAACCUUUCGGACAAACUGUUUGAGCCCAAGAAAGGAGACACAUUCACUUCCCCUGGCCUGAUGGUGCAGUACAGGCCCCUUCGUAUCUCCAAGGACAUGAAGAAUGAGCUAACAUAGCUGGUUUGGAGCAUUACAUCAUCUCUUCAGUGACAACCUGAGAAACCACUCUGUACAUACACAAGCCCAUUUCUAACCAUGAAAGGUGAAACUGCUGCAUUUGAAUCGCAGUUUCUAAAAUCCUUCACAUAUAUUUUUAAGUUAUUAUUAUUUGUGUUGCAUGUCAGUUUGAAAAAAAUCUAGUCUAAACCCUUUCCCUUGCUUAUUUUAGAUCUACGUUUGCUCUGCUGAAGUGUCAACUCCACAGACUGCAUACAUGAUUUCACCUUCUGUGUUAUUUAGUGUUUUUCAGUCAUGAUAAAACACCGUCAAAUUUCAAUGCAACAUAAGAUGAUGAAUACUGAGACGGAUUGUGCAAGAGUCCACACAUAUCACAGUGAUUUACAGAUGUGAAAAUUUGAUAAGCUCUGGUCCCUUUAACUUUUGCACCUCUAUGCAGCUUUUGUCAGGAUGUUUGUUCACUGUUCUGUCACUUCACUUUCAAAACUUUUGAUUUUAAAGAACAAUUUCACAACAAACAAAAAUGCAACAUGUAAAAUGUCCCAGUCCAGUACCUUCUCUCAAAUGAAUCAACCUGAUAUACACUGAUCAGACAUAACAUUAUGACCACCUGCUCCCCUCUCCUGAGGUCAUUGAUAUUGUGGCCCUGACCUGAUAAGACAUAGACUCCACUAGACCUCUGAAAGUUUGCUUUGGUAUCUGGCACAAAUACAUUAGCAGCAUAUCUUUUAAGUCCUGAAAGUUGUGAGGUUAGACCUCCAUGGGUAAGACCUGGUUUUCCAGGACAUCCAACCGACACUCAAUUCCAUUGAUAUCUAGAGAAUUUGGACACCAAUUCAAAACCUCUAAAUUGUUUUCAUGUUCCUUCAGGCCACCAUCUUUCUUUGCUCUUUGGUCCAGUUCUGAUGCUCAUGUGCUCAUUGCAGGAGCUUCUGGCAGUGAACAGGGGUCAGUAUUGGCCCACUGACCAGCUUGCAGCUCCAAGCCACAUACACAACAAACUGUGGUGCUUAGUGACUUUGGAAAUGUCUCCAUCAGAACCAGCAUCAACUUUUUCUGCAGUGUGAGCUCUAGUAGCUUCCUUGUUUGAUUGGACCACACAGGGCAGCCUUUUCUCCCCAUGCACACCGAUGAGCAUUGGCUGUCCACAACUCUGUUUCUGGUUCACUAGUUUUUCUUCUCUGGACUAAUUUUGGUAGGCACUGAAUUGCAGACCAGGAACACAUCAUAAAAACUGCAGUUCUGGAGAUGCUCUGACCCAGUCACUGUCCAUCACAAAGUCCCUUACAUCCUUCCCUUCCCCAUUUACCUGCUUUCAACACAUUCACUUUGAGAACAAAAUGUUCACUUGCUGCCUAAUAUAUCCAAACCACUGACAGGUGUCAUUGUAAAGAGAUGAUCAAUGUUUAAUUCACCUGUCAGAUGUCAUCAUUUUAUUGCUGAUCAGUGUAUUUUCAGGGUUUAGAGACUGUUGUCUAUAUUGCAUUUUUUACCCAAGGACUGCCUUUCCGUACCGCCAGUGAUCAAAGCACUGGAUGCACGUCAGCGCAGGUGAAAUGGGGAAUGCUCCUUUACUGUAUUGACAAUUUGCGUCAAAAUCUGAUUUCAAAUCUGCUGUUGGAAAACACUUCGGAAAUAUUUCAAGACCCAUGUGUGACACAGCAAAGACUGGAAUCUAGUUAUCUAAAGGUUCUGUGUUGCAAAGUCAUUUCCACUAGUGGAACUUGCACUUGAUUUUGACACAUAAAUGCCCAAACCCGAGCCUACCCUAACAUUAAGAUCACAAACAUUCAAACUGUGUUUUUUUAUAUGAAUGUAAUAUAUCAGUGCUAUAAUGUAUCAAAUGAAGUAGCAUUUUGAAUAAGCUGUAUUUAAAAUGCAUUGUAUCAUUUCUGUUGAACUUUUACUCUAUCUUAAAUACUAUUUACUGUAACUAUGAAUAGAUAGAGACACUAACUUGUAAUGUAAAGGACUUUUCAUUAAGCUUUGUUUUACUUCUAGAGCAUAGAGACUGUUAUUUAGAGCAGCAUAUAUUGAAAAAACACUAUUAUUAUUAUUAUUAUUAUUAUUAUUUUGAAUGGUCUUAUUCUAGGACCGUUUCUGUGUUAGUCUUGAAGCCUAACAGACGCGCUGUGAAAUCUUAUGUAUGUAUGGAUAUGUGGAAGGAGAUAGCACUUUCUCCGCUUUAAGGAGUCUGUAUAUGUGUGCCCUGUUCAUAUGUUGUGUA